ACAUUUGUCUUUUUAAAACUAUCAUUUCAGAAUUUCUAGAAGGAGGAGUUGGCCAUGUCGAAAUGUUAUUUCGCUGCAACUAUUUAGCUUUAGUUGGUGGUGGGAAAAAGCCGAAAUACCCUCCCAACAAAGUAAUGAUCUGGGAUGACUUGAAGAAGAAGACUGUUAUUGAAAUAGAAUUUUCUACAGAAGUCAAGGCAGUCAAACUGCGGCGAGAUAGAAUUGUGGUGGUUUUGGACUCCAUGAUUAAGGUGUUCACAUUUACACACAAUCCCCAUCAGUUGCACGUGUUUGAAACCUGCUAUAACCCCAAAGGCCUCUGUGUCCUCUGUCCCAAUAGUAACAACUCCCUUCUGGCCUUCCCGGGCACGCACACGGGCCAUGUGCAGCUUGUGGACCUGGCCAGCACGGAGAAGCCACCCGUGGACAUUCCCGCACAUGAGGGUGUCCUGAGCUGCAUCGCACUCAACCUGCAGGGAACAAGAAUUGCAACUGCAUCUGAGAAAGGGACCCUUAUAAGAAUAUUUGAUACUUCAUCAGGGCAUUUAAUCCAGGAACUGCGAAGAGGAUCUCAAGCAGCCAAUAUAUACUGCAUUAACUUCAAUCAGGAUGCGUCCCUCAUCUGCGUAUCCAGCGACCACGGCACAGUGCACAUUUUUGCAGCUGAAGAUCCAAAAAGGAAUAAACAGUCCAGUUUGGCCUCAGCGAGUUUCCUUCCAAAAUACUUCAGUUCCAAAUGGAGUUUCUCCAAGUUUCAGGUUCCCUCGGGCUCUCCGUGCAUUUGUGCCUUUGGAACAGAGCCAAACGCCGUCAUUGCGAUCUGCGCGGACGGCAGCUACUACAAAUUCCUGUUCAACCCCAAGGGGGAGUGCAUCCGAGACGUCUACGCGCAGUUUCUAGAAAUGACCGAUGACAAGCUGUGACUCCUGGCCGGGAGCGCCACAGCACCCACCGCCUGUCACCUUCAGGCUCUCGGGGCUGGUGCCAGCGCCCCAGGGGCCUCCUGGGCCACGGGCUGGAGGGGCUGCCCAGGGACUUGGUCUUGAAGCCAUACGUGGUUGUCUGCUUUCCUGAGGACUCCCAUUUCCAGUAUUAAAGAGAGAAUCGUCGUCAAGGCACCGUAGGUACUCAGUGGCUGCUCCCAUGAGUUCAGCUGUGACGUUCGCUUCAGCAGCUCCACCACAUCCUCACCUGACGGGGGCUCCACACAGACCUGGGGACUGGGCCGAGGGAGGACAAGUUCAAGUGUGUUUUUGCAACAGAUUCCAUCAUUCUGAGUCUGCUGUGGGGAGUGAACAAGUGUGUAAAUGUAAGUUCUUACAUUGUCAGCAGAUUUAAAUAGAACACCAGCAGCUUGCCUUAGAAAAGGAGAAUUCCUUCUCCCGUCGGACAUGAAAAAUGACCUGUAGAGAGAACACGGUGUGAAUGUUUCCCUCGUGCGAGCCCAGCCCGUGGUCUUCUCCCUGCCGCAGCGUGGUCAUCUGUGGCUGUGUGUGGCGUCCCCGUCUCUGUUGGCGCCAUUAGAACGAGGCAAACACCAGGCCCACCCUAGACGCCGAGCAGUCAGUCCUGGGGCGCGUGUGGGAUGGGGACUCCGCAGGGGGGUGUCCUGGUUACAUUCUGGGUGAAAUGUUUCCCAGUUACGUGUAGGGAACGGUGACGCACAGACUUUGAACGUUCGUUACGGGGAAAGCAUCCUUGAACUUCGGGGUCGUCUGGUCUCUCAGCCCCACCAUCUCCCCUCCCCUCAUUUAUGAGAAUAGCCACACACUAACAUUUUGGGAAGGAAAGGCACAGAGCUUCUUUUUAACAUCUGGUAACUAAAACAGGUUAUGGGCUCUACAUUGUCCGCUACUUGGGGUAUAUAUUUACUUUUCUUAAAUUCCCUUUAAAGAAACUUUAUUUUAUGGUUUUGAUUUCAGAUUGCAAACAUAUAAAACCUGCACAGCAGCAAGUUCUCGGUUUGCCGGUUGCUUUAUUGUUACUGUCAUGUAAUCAACUAACUUUGUAUGUGGAUUUUGAUGUAAAGUAUGCAUGUUACUUUUAUGUGUAUUUAAUCAUGAAGUUUAAUUUUGCACACUUAUUUGUAAUGUUUCUUUUAAAUAAAAGUGACUAAUUUUGUUGUACUCUGG